AUGAACUCAUUACCCUUCCAACCGCCCAGUCCUGUACCUCCUCGGACAAGCUCAGCAAAUGCAAUAAAUGGCAGCGGAAGCCCCUCUCACCGGCGCAAGCUGUCGGUAGCAGACGAAGAGCCGUCCACGAAAACCGGACACCGGCGCAACAAGUCCAGCGUGGACGGCACCAAAUACAAGGAUGGGACAUGGUCUCUAAAGAACGAUAAAAUCCUGAUGGGCCCAUACGACUAUGUAGCCGAACAUCCAGGGAAAGAUAUUCGUCGCCAACUGAUCCAUGCUUUUAACUCAUGGCUGCAGGUUCCGCCAGCGAGCCUAGCAAUCAUCACCAAGGUCGUAACGAUGCUCCACACAUCGUCGCUUCUAAUCGAUGACGUCGAAGACAACUCCCUCCUCCGUCGUGGCAUCCCCGUCGCACACAGCAUCUUCGGUACAGCGCAGACAAUCAACUCCGCAAACUACGUCUAUUUCCUCGCGCUGCAAGAAGUGCAACAACUCAAUAACCCGGCUGCGAUCAACAUCUACGUGCAAGAAAUGCUGAACCUGCACCGCGGACAGGGGAUGGAUCUCUUCUGGCGCGACACGCUCACCUGUCCGACGGAAGACGAGUACCUGGAAAUGGUCGGCAACAAGACGGGUGGACUCUUCCGACUCGCGGUCAAACUCAUGCAGGCCGAGAGUACGACGGGCAAGGACUGCGUCGCACUGGUGAAUGUCAUGGGUCUGAUUUUCCAGAUCUGUGACGAUUACCUCAACCUCUCGAAUACGGUGUAUACGGCAAACAAGGGCUUCUGCGAGGACCUCACAGAGGGCAAAUUCUCCUUCCCGAUCAUCCACAGCAUUCGCUCCAACCCCUCGAAUCACCAGCUGAUCAAUAUUCUGAAGCAAAAUACUCAGGAUGCAGAGGUUAAGCGCUAUGCGGUGCAGUAUAUGCACAGCACGGGCAGUUUUGCGCAUACGCGACGGGUUGUCGAAGAUCUGCGGGACCGCGCUUUCUCCUUGAUUGAGACGAUGGAUACAACACCGAAGAUCAAUGGGGCCGGUGAUGGGCAGAUGGUGCGCGCUAUUGUGGAAAAGAUUGUGGAGUCGACGCUAUCGGACCCCCGUGCGCACUAG